GCAGGCACUGAGUAAUAUUAUAAUGCAGUGAAAAUGGCUACCAGCGCCAGUGGUGUCGGUCCAGUUUCCAGCCUCACGGCCGGACGAGGCUCUGAAGCGAGUCCCCAACAGAUACAGAAGCUGUUGGAUGAAAAUGCUCAAAUCAUUAAGGCUCUUAUUGAAUCACAAAACUUGAAAGGAAAGUCUAUGGACAUCAUACAGUAUCAACAGAUCCUUCAUCGUAAUCUUGUCUUCUUGGCUGGUCUGGCAGAUCCACGUGUUGACAUUCACCAAAUAUUACCAUCCCCAGGUAGCAGUAAUCUCUUGCAGUCUCAGAGAGCUCCACCCAAUCAGACGCUCGCGGCCCCCCAGAACAUGACCCCGCCUCCUUCCAGUACAUCUCCUGUCCCGCCCACCAGUGGAAUGACCCGCAUGCCAUCGACCGGAGUACCAUCGUCCCAGUGGGGUAAUACCCCACCGCCUCCGUCGUCUGGGACUCAGUGGGGCACGCCUCCCUCAUCCGCUGCCUCACAGUAUAACAUGAAGGGAUACGCCCCUGGACCCUGGCUCACUGGGGGACAAGGUAAUUAUCAAAACGCUCAGCAAAGACUCAACGUUGACAGACGCCAGCAGAUGCUGCGACUCCAUCAGGAGAAACUCAUCAGAAGCCAACAAGCACGUCUACAGCAAUCAUCGCAACCAGGCAUGCCACACCCCCAGGGACCGCCCCCUGGAAUGUACCCCGGGGGUCCACCCGGAUAUAUGGGCGGGGCUGGAGGGGCUCAGACCACACCCCCUAUGGGAUAUAAUCAAGGACCACCUCAGGGACUUCCACCACCAAUGGAUAUGCAGUGAGAGAAUGUGAAGAUAAUUUUUGAUCAAAUUCGUCAGACUUUCAAGAAUUCAUUAAUUAAUGUUAUUUAAUUAUUAUUAUGUUGAUUUUUUAGAAUUAAUUUAUGAUUUUUCUUAAAAGAUAUCAACAAUAAUUA